UAUGUCACGUGUGUUCCGCUGCUGGUGACCAAUCCCCCACCUGGACGGUCUGACGCUUGACUUCAGCCCUUGUCUUUUCUAUUACAAUUUGUUCGAAACAGUUGGUCUUUUGUAACUGUCUGCGCCGACUUUGGCUAUAAAUAUUAGCCUUAAGACACAUUUAGCGGAAUAAGUCGUCCUAUUUGGACAAUGUCAGAUUUCGACAGCAACCCCUUCGCGGACCCGGACUUCAGCAACCCGUUUCAGACACCUGCAAGUAUGGCCCCCAAGACUACAGGCCCUGCUGUCAGCACUCAGCCAGCCAUCAUGAAACCCACAGAGGAGCCCCCAGCCUACUCACAAGCUCAACCACAGGAGCAGUCGCAGGCAGCUGCUGAGCUGCUAAGGAGACAGGAAGAGCUGGAAAAUAAGGCUGCAGAGCUGGACCGCCGGGAGCGAGAGAUGCAGUCAAUCAACGUAUCUGGGGGCAGGAAAAACAACUGGCCUCCUCUCCCAGAGAGGUUUCCUGUGGCUCCAUGUUUCUACCACGAUAUUACUGUAGACAUUCCCGUAGAGUUUCAGAAGACAGUCAAAAUCAUGUACUACCUCUGGAUGUUGCACACUGGGACUCUGCUUGCAAACCUGAUCGCCUGCCUCUCCUGGUUUGCUGUGGAUGGAAACCGAGGUGUGGACUUUGGCUUGUCGAUCCUCUGGCUUCUGCUUUUCACGCCGUGUUCUUUUGUCUGUUGGUACAGACCGCUUUAUGCUGCAUUCAGGAUCGACAGCUCGUUCAGGUUCUUUAUUUUCUUCUUCAUUUACGUCUGUCAGAUUGGCAUCUAUGUCAUCCAGUCUAUUGGCAUCGCUGGCUGGGGAGCCAGCGGGUGGAUCUCAGCUUUGACUGGCCUGAAUAAAAGCAUCCCAGUGGGCAUUAUAAUGAUCCUCGUUGCUGCUCUCUUUACCGCUCUGGCUGUCCUGUCUCUCAUCAUGUUCAAAAAGGUCCAUGGGAUGUACCGUACCACCGGUGCCAGUUUUGAGAAGGCACAGCAGGAAUUUGCCACGGGCGUCAUGUCUAACAAAACAGUACAAACGGCCACUGCUAAUGCUGCUUCCAGGGCUGCACAAGGAGCCUUCAAGGAGCAAGUCUGAAGCAGAGAGCUCGCUCAUCUGACCCUCCUCUGUAUCCAGCUUCCACUUAUAACUGCCUUGUUUGAACAAGUUACAGCCCUCCUCCCCAUCUUUCUGACACUACUGAAGGGGUUUUUGUGGGGGUGCUACAGCUGAACAUCCACUCAUCUACAAUCUUUAGCCUCUCAACCUUCAAACAGGCUCUCUUGUCCCAGUCUACCUGCUCCUGCAACACCGUGCACUCUAGGAGUCCUUUAACUAGAGUGCUCAACUUUCUUGUCUCUGUGUGGAUUUCAGGGUUUGUGUGGAUGUAUGGCCAAUUAAAUGAAGGUUUGUGUGCCUUUUUUUUAAAUGUUGUUGCUGUCCUUGAGGCCUGCUCGUCUUCAGGCAGAUUCUAAUGUAGCUGAACCGACUGUUUGAAGUUACCUGGGCAUUUCUCACCAUGAACAGAUGCUUGCUUUCUGUGUGUUUAUCAACCUAAUCACCACUUUCUCUUUCUGAAUUUAUUUAUUUAUCUGGCAAAAAGAAGUUAUCUUUGAGUUAAAGCAGCAUUAUUUGAUCUGUUUCGGUGCUUUCUUCUUUCAUGAGUGCAUGGUUUAACACUGCUGACCCCCAAUGGAGUAACUUUAUACUGCUGAAGAUGAAUGCUGUGCAUUCCACUCCGCUGCUUUGCUUUCUACUCUCUUCGCUCAACUUAGAAUUGGGUAUGUAAAAAGUAUUUAGCCUGAAAUUCCUUAAAGUGAUAUCUCAUCUGAAAUCUUACCUACCCAAGUAUCAGCACUCACCGGUGGAGACUGGUGAAUAACAGAAGGAAGAUAUUUCUGUCAUUAAUGAAAUAUUACAAUUAGAAUGAAGCAAGAAAUAAAAUAAUAAUAAUUAACCCUUCAAUUUUAGGCAAACGGCAACUUCCGGGGCCGAAACACACCGAAGUGCCAAAAACGCUCCAAACGCGAGUCAGCCCCUAUAGAUUCCCAAUGUAAAAUCUCCAAGUGUAGCCAUUAGAUUAAUGUGUUUGUAGCUUUAAACAAGAAACGGGUUGAGCCGCGACAACUUUACUUGCUCGCUAACAUCAGCCACUCCACCCUUUCAUCCAAAUAUGGUCACUUUUGGCUCCAAAUCCAGCUUUGGCGCUGUGGAAGUGCUAACAAUCAAGUUUCAAAACUCAGAGUUCACAAAGCAGUGGGCAACAUCACAGUGGCUACGCCAUCGUUUAUAGUCUGCGUCGUUAGUACAGGGAUGGACAGAAGUAGAUUGUGAUCACAGAUUGAUGGCACUGUUUUGCCAUCUAAGCAGACAGCGGUUGUCAUUCUGCAAAAGCUACAAUCCACAAACAGUGUCUGAUAUUAGAGUAUCACUUUAAAGGUAAUUGUCAAGUAUUUAUUUGACUGAAAUCUUCUGCUUCUAUUGAUCUGCAUAUCUCAGCAAGUCGCAUUUUAAAUCUGGACUUGGGGUUCUUUCUCUGACGUUGGCAGUCGGUACAGAUACUUCUAACAGUGCCCUCAGGCCUUCCUGCUCAGUAGUCUAGAUGCUUAACUUGCUUUUUUUUAUUGCAUUAGCUGAGUCAGCUUGAUUUUCACCUUCAGCCUACCAUUUUGUGUCCUUUCCUAAAGAGAGCCACUACUCCAUACACACAGCUGCACGAUUUAUCAGCAAGGAAAGUGUAAUUCGUCUCUAGCUUCCCUUCAGUGCUGGAGAUUUACCUCAGCUUUACUCAGGAUGCUCUCCACUUGCAUGACGAGGUUAAAUAUUAUACAAGAUUGUACAAAAUUUGACAGGCCUCUGGUUUUAAGUAUGUCUUGUAAAUCAGUAUCAGUAUGUUGUAAUCACAAUAAAAGUGACUUAAAUUUGACAAAAGGGGCCAGUACGUUGAUGUUGUGUUGUGACACUUGUGUAUUCUUAAUUUUUUGGAAGUCACGCAAAACUACAACCACAUCUGUUCUUUUACUCUCUCGUUUUUGUGAUCAGAUUUAACAAUACAAUUCCACCUGCUAAAAUGUCUUUGAAUCUGUCUUUCUAUGUGUUAUUCAAACUGCAAAGCACUUUCCUUGAUUUUGCAUUUUGUGUGUGUGUGUGUGUGCGCGUGUGUGUGUGGGUGGGUGUGGACGGAGGGAGUUGGGUCUUUAAAUUUUAAUGUGUGUGCAGGACAGUCUGGCUGUGGGUUCCUUCUUGCCUUUUCUGUAUUUCUUUGUUUUUUUUUUUCUCCCUACACACUGGCUUAAUUUGGGCCAGUACACUUCCAGGUUUUGCUGUUAGUUUUAAUAUAAACAUGAAGCUGCAAUGCAAUGUGAACUGUGCGUUGUACUGUAGACCGACUGUGGCUUCAAGCUGUGCUUUAGAGUCAUGAAUUGUGGUAGAAAAACAAUGAAAAUUAAAAUGCUGAUCCACAUCUCUUAAAUUUUAUAUAUAUUAAUAUAUAUCAAUGUUUUUGAGAUGAAAUAUGAAGGGAUGUGUGUAUGUUUUGUGCAGUUUACAAAUGGUAGACUAUCUGCUCUAAAUGUUUGUGCAAUUUUAAGGUUUCACCUACAAUUGCAUGACCAGUAGUUUGAGUUUUGUAUAUUUAUUGUAUUAACGCUGAAUAAAAUUCUUCUUCUAUA